AUCGCAGUAAGAUGGCGCUGUCUGGAGGGACGGACAGAGUUUCUCACAGUAUGGAUAAGAGCAUAACACUCCCCCCUGACGAAAUCUUCCGCAAUUUGGAGAACGCCAAGAGGUUCGCUAUAGAUAUAGGUGGCUCUUUGACAAAGCUGGCCUAUUACUCUACUGUUCAACACAAAGUUGCCAAAGUCAGGUCGUUUGAUCACUCGGCCAAUGUGAGCUUGCAGGAGACAGAUGGAGACCAUCUUUAUGAGAUAUCCGUACAGGAGGAGAUCACCGCUCGACUCCACUUUAUCAAGUUUGAGAAUGCGUACAUCGAAACCUGCCUUGAUUUCAUUAAGGACCACCUGGUCAACACAGAAACCAAAGUCAUCAAAGCUACUGGUGGAGGGGCGUACAAGUUCAAGGACCUUAUAGAGAAAAAGUUAAAGCUUAAAGUGGACAAAGAGGAUGAGAUGACUUGUCUGAUUAAGGGCUGUAACUUUGUGCUGAAGAACAUCCCCCAUGAGGCUUUUGUAUAUGCCAAACAUGCCGACUCUGAAUUCCGCUUCCAGAAUACACACCCAGACAUCUUCCCCUAUCUGCUUGUUAAUAUUGGCUCCGGAGUCUCCAUAAUAAAGGUGGAAUCAGAGGACAGGUUUGAGCGGAUUGGUGGAAGUUCUAUAGGUGGUGGGACUUUUUGGGGUCUUGGAGCUUUACUCACCAAAACUAAGAGGUUUGAUGAGCUGUUGAACUUGGCUUCUAAAGGACAUCACACAAAUGUGGAUAUGCUUGUUAAAGACAUCUAUGGAGGUGCUUACGGUUCCCUGGGCUUAACUGGAGACCUCAUUGCAAGCAGUUUUGGAAAGUCAGCCACCACAAAUAAAGAGUUCUCUAAAGAGGACAUGGCGAAGAGUCUACUGCACAUGAUCAGCAAUGACAUCGGACAGCUGGCCUGCCUUUAUGCCAAACUGCAUAACCUGAACAGAGUUUAUUUCGGAGGAUUCUUCAUUCGAGGACACCCUGUCACCAUGCACACCAUCACCUAUAGCAUCAACUUCUUUACUAAGGGUGAGGUCCAGGCUUUGUUUUUGAGACAUGAAGGCUAUCUGGGUGCUAUUGGGGCCUUUUUAAAGGGUGCAGAGGAGGACAACCCUAACCAGUAUAGUUGGGGUGAGAACUAUGCAGGUAGCUCUGGUCUCAUGAGUGUGUCUCCAGAAAUGAAUCCUGUCCAGCGGGCCCGUAGCGGAACUUUUGAUAUGUUGGAGAUGGAUCGACUGGAGAGGCAGCUGGUGAAUCUGCCUCUGCUGCAGGAUCCGUCCUCUUAUAUUCCAGACACAGUGGAUCUGAGUGAGGACGCUUUGGCCCGAGAGUACUGGCUCUACUGCUUUGAGGAAGCAUUGGAUGGGGUUGUAAAGCGAGCUGUGGCCAGCCAGAGAGAUCAGCCCGAGGCUGUCGAGAGGGCAGAGAAGUUUCGGCAGAAGUACUGUCACAAACUCCAAACUCUGCGGCACCAGCCUUUUGCUUAUGGAUCCCUCACCGUCCGAAGUCUUUUAGAUACAAGAGAGCACUGUUUAAACGAGUUCAACUUUCCUGACCCCUACUCUAAGAUCAAGCAAAAAGAGAAUGAUAUGGCUCUGAAAUACUAUCAGAAGGUGGUGAGGUCGGUGGAAGAGCUGAACUGGGAGCAGAGACAGUUCACACUGGUCAAAGGUCUUCUGGCCGGCAAUGUUUUCGACUGGGGAGCCAAAGCUGUGUCAGACGUGCUUGAAUCAGAUCCAGAGUUUGGGUUUGAACAAGCAAAACAACAGCUACAAGAGCGACCUUGGCUUGUGGAUGCCUAUAACCAAUGGAUUGAGAGGUUAAAGGGCCCUCCUCAUAAAUGUGCAUUAUUUUUCGUAGAUAAUAGUGGAAUAGACAUUAUACUCGGAGUUUUCCCUUUCGUUCGAGAACUCCUCAUUCGGGGCACAGAGGUGAUACUGGCCAGCAACUCGGGCCCCGCCCUGAAUGAUGUCACGAACAGUGAAUUGCUUAUCUUAACGGAGAGAAUAGCAGCGAUGGACUCUGUCAUUCAUGAUGCGCUCAAAGAAGACAGGCUGGCUUUGGUGCAGAAUGGUUCUAGCUCCCCUUGUUUAGACCUCAGUCGCUUGGACAAAGUCCUGGCCACGGUUGUAAGGGAACGUGGCACAGAUCUGGUGAUCAUCGAAGGCAUGGGCAGGGCCAUCCACACCAACUACUACGCCAUGCUCAGCUGCGAGAGCCUCAAACUCGCUGUCAUCAAGAACUCCUGGCUGGCCGACCGUCUCGGAGGCAAGAUCUUCAGCGUUGUCUUCAAAUACGAGGUCCCUAAUAAAGCCCAAGGGCAUUAUUAGGAGCGUAAAGAGGUUUUUAGAGGUAACAGCGCAAGCUCUGAAAUGCAAAGAUGCGAUAAUUGGUCCUCUGUGUUUCUUCAUGAGAUUGACAUGAUGAUUGUAUGCUUUUCUUUGAAAUUUUUAAAAUCAAAAUCAAUACUAAGGGGGCGGUCGUGUGUGCCUGCUCUGAAAUUGAAUGUGUGCGUGUGCCCGUGGCCUCCCUCAUAACAAUUGGAUGACAGCUGCGGGGGUUUUUUUUUCUUGCGAUGAGAUUGAAUUUUAUUAUUCUCAGGAUUCCGUUGCUGACUGAUGGUCCUCUGUAGAUUUCAGGAUGGAUUGCAAUGACAAAUAUAACAUUUAUGAAUGGUGUUGAAGUGUGAAGGUCUUGUAGUGGUUAAUCCACUGAGGCCAAAAGUAUGUCAAACAUACACGUACGUUUAGGAAGUGGUGGUUGAAAAAACAUUUCCAGUUUUUCCAGCAUGUUUCAAAUUGUUAUCUCGCUGCAUUUGUUGCUGCCACACUAAAGCAUAUCUCAUUUAACUUGCAUUGUAUUUUAAUGACUACCAUCUCUGUUCCCAUGCCAACAUUUGGUAGUGACAAUGAUUUUUUGGAUCUUUUGAUACAUCGCACUUCCACUGUGGAGACGUAAAGUUAAACACAUUAUGUAUUUGUGCCUUGAGCUUGUGGAGAACACAGUGGCAGUCCAACUGAAGUGGAGUAUAAAAACGCGUUCUUUCACAAAAUAGUUUUUCAAGAAACAAUUAAUGGAAUCUAUCUUUUGCCACCUAUCUGCAAUGUGAUACACGGACUUAAAGGUAUUUUAAAUUAGUUAGCAUCCACUAGAUGUCAGUGUUGUAUUGUAAUAAGACCCCCACAAAAAGUGUUUUGAUGAAGGCUCAUGUUAACAUGACGGACCUGUUUUUAUUUUAUUUGAGGUGUUAAUGUAACAGAAUUCUGAAAGGAGUCCACAGUGCCUGCUUCAGAUAUUGCACCGCUAAUACAUUUAUCUUCAAGUCUAAGCAGGUCUCGCUUUCUACUAUCUGUGGAAAUCUUUGUCAUCUAAAAUCCAUUUCAGGGUUGUACAGCACAGCAUUGCCACAGAAAAACCCAUUCAUUGUAUUUUCCUGUCACAGAGAAGAUAAUGUAUAACAUGAUCAUCUGUUUGUGGGCACUAACAGUGAAAGCACAGUAUUUUCAGGGCUAUAUUACACAUCACAUGUUCAUUUUGAUUGGUUGUUUGAUUCUGUCUUUUCUGAGUAUUUGUCUUGUGUGGCCCAGAUAAAACGUGUAUGAAAUUUCAUAGAUGUAACCUAUUAUUUUCAGUAUUGUAAGCACAGCGUGUACAUCAUUCUGACUAAAGGUGUUGGGAUUUGUAGUCUAAAAUGAAAUGGUGUGUCACACAGUUUGUUGGAAUUGGCCAUCGUGGAUAUAGCAGGCUGUUGAUAAUGCCUUGUGUGCUCUCUCAGACUAAAGCUGUUUGUACAGUCCUCCAUUAUUAUAGUCCAAAGUCUGACUUUACUUUACUAAAGCAUUCAUUUUUUUGUGAGAUUUUGUAAAAUGAAGUGUAAAUAUGAUGCAAGCAUGUACAUAAAAUGUACUCUUAAUUUGCAUAUCUUGACAUACUUGAGAUACUCAGUAUUUUAGAAAUGCUCACUUGACAAUGAUGUGUAAUUCUAUGUUAAAUAUAUUUUACAUUGUCUACACUCA